AUGAUGCGAUCCUUUGGGGUACUUUUGCUGGUGGCCGCACUGCUCGGCUCCGUUUCGGCGCAGACGGCCGUGGGCAUUGACCUCGCCGGGGCCAGCUUCUACAGCUCCAGCGGCGCCACCAUGACCCAGGUCUCCCUCGGGGCCGGCCAGCCGUCUACGGUGGCUCUGCGCGUCAACGUGCCGGUGACGACUGGCAACGUGUGGGACAACGGCAUCAACAUCCAGACCACCUUGCCCAGCAACGUGGCUGCCGGCGACUGGUUCCUCAUGAAGUUCUCCGCUCGCCAGGUGUCAGGCCAGGCCAACUUCCCGGCGGGCAAGGGCAUUCAGGCUAUCGUCAACAUCAGGCCGUUCAGCGGCGGCUAUGUCAACUCGCUGGACGCCACCUUGCCGUGUGACUCCACCAGCUGGUGCGACUACGCCAUCGCCUUCCGCGCCAACGAGGCUCAGACCAACGCCAACCCGCCCUACAUCAUGUUCCAGAUGAGCGAGGGUCCGCAGACGUUCGACAUUGCCGUGACCUCGCUGACCUACUACGGCACGACCCAGCCGCCGGCGUCGCUCUACAAGUUCUACUACCCGGGCCGCGACGUGACGACCGCCUCGUGGAGGACCAGCGCCAACACGCGCAUCGACAACAUCCGCAAGGGCGACCUCAACGUCAAGGUCGUCGACGCCAACAACAACCCCACCACCGGUGCGACGGUGCGGGUUGAGCAGCAGCGUCAUGAGUACCGCUUCGGCGUGGCCAUCAACCACUGGCUGGUGGUGGACGGCACCAACCCGACCUACAACAGCAGGAUCCUGCAGUACUUCAACCACAUCGCCCUCGAGAAUGGCCUCAAGAUGGUCUACUGGGAGAACGACAACGGUGCGUCCGCCAUCAGCGCGCUCCAGUGGGCGUCGUCCAACAGCCUGUCGGUCACCGGCCACGUGCUGCUGUGGGGCGGGUUCGACUACAUGCCGCAGGACACCUGGACCAUGACCGCCGCCCAGCUCAGGCCGCGCAUCCUCAACCACGUCUCCGACAUUGUGACGCGUACCAAGGCCUACGUGUCGGAGUGGGACGUCGUGAACGAGCCGCUCGAGAACAACGACGUGCAGGGCACCGUCCUGUCGACUGGCGUUGCGCAGGCCAACGGUGUGCUCGGCAACUCCUUCCCCGCCGAACUUUUCAACUACACGUACUCUCUGUUCCAAUCGGGGGCCAACCCGCAGACCCCGAGUCUGUUCGUGAACGACUACAGCGUGAUGGAGGGCCUGGACCUCACCCGCCGCACCUACACCGCCAACUUCACCAAGUACGCCAAGCAGCGCAGCCCCUACGUCAACGGCUACGGCUUCCAGUCGCACGUGGGCCAGUACCUGAUCCCCAUCGACGUCCUCCAGUCCCGCCUCGACUAUUUGUUGGGCGUUGAUCCGGCGUUUACGGCGGCGAUCUCGGAGCUGGACAUUGCGACAUACGACGAGGAGCUGCACGCGGACUACCUGGAGGACUACAUGACCUUCUUCUUCAGCCAGCCGCGCAUCAAGCACAUCACCCAGUGGGGCUUCUGGGAGGGCUCCCACUACGACCCGAUCUGCGCCCUGUGGCGCCAGAACUGGCAGCCCAAGCCGGCCGGCACGCGGUACCUGGACCUGGUCACCGCGUCGUUCAACGGCGUGACCAAGUCCGUGGCGGUCACGCUGUCGUCGACCGCUGCCAACGGCCAGACCGUGAUCCAGCUCAACACCGUAGUUGCGUCGGCCUCGCCCGCGGCGCCCAGCCCGACGCGCACCCCGACCAGCUCGCCCACGCGCACGCCGACGCCCGCGGCGGCUAGUCCGACCCGCACCCCGACGCCCGCGGCGGCCAGCCCGACGCGCUCGCCCACACGCUCGCCGUCGCCGGCGGCCGCGACCACGACCACGACCGGCCCGCACUCGCUGAGCGCCUACAGCGCGACGCCCGGGUCGACGAUCACCGUCAACACCAAAGUCAACGUGGGCUCGACGGCCAUUACCAACGGCUACGUCGGGUACUACAUCGCGCCGGCGGGCGACUACGGCAACGAGGCGGCGAUCGCCACCGGGACGGUGAGCGCCACGCUCGCCGCCGGCUCGUCGACACCGUUCGCCUUCAGCGCCGCGCUGGCGGCUGGCGCUGCGCCGGGACCGUACUGGCUCACCGUGGCCGUGUGGGACUCGAACUGGAACAACAUCGCGUGGAACACCAACCUGGCCACGCUCACGGUCUACCCGUCGUCGCCCACCAUCAACCCCGUAGGCCUGUCGCCGACCGCCGUGUUCCCGGGCGGCCAGACCACCGUGACCUUCACCGUCAACACCGCUAACACCGCCUACACCAACGCCUUCAUCGGCUACAGUUUUGCGCCGCGCGGUCAGACGGCGAACAAACUGGUGGAGGACUUCUACUCGGGCAGCGGCAACCUGGCCGCGCGCUCGGUGACGUCGUACACUUUCACUGCGACCAUCCCGGCCAACGCCGCGCCCGGCAACUACGACCUCAACGCCGGCGUGUGGGACUCGGCCUGGAACGGCGUGGCCUACAGCGGCGGCAUCACCUCGGGCGUGGUGCUCACCGUGCGCAAUCCGGCGGCGUCGGUCGCAGCCGGCUCGAUCUCGGCCUCUACUGUGGCCCGCGGCGGCUCGGUUACGAUCGUCGUCAACGCCAACGCCGGCGCCUCGGCCCUGGCCUCAGCCCGCGUCGGCUACAGCGUCGUGCCGAGCGCGAGCGCCAACACGCCCGUGGUCUCGACGCAGACCAACAACAACGUCAACGUCGCGGCGGGCGCCACCGGCGCCUACACGUUCGUGGCGACCAUCCCGACGAGCGCCGCCACCGGCCAGUACCGCGUGACGCUCGGCCUGUGGGACGUCAACUGGAACUCGCUAGACUGGGUCAACAACGGCUUCUACAUCAACGUCGUCUGA